UCAUAACUCAUAAGUCCGCGGCCUGACCCGCGCCAAUCUAGCGACCUCCACCAAUUCCUGAAAUACCCUCAGACCUGACACUGUAAUACAAGCAGCCGUUUCUUAACUCGCUCGGACCCAUCAGGUCACAUCCGUCAAAAAAAAAAAGAAAAAAGAAAGUAAUCUUGCAUGAAUUCGUUUUGGCUUCCCGCAAUCUGCCUUUACUCGGGACGGGCGGCGGUGCGGGCCCCCAGAACUCCCUCCUCUACGUCGUUGACCGCUUGUUGUUUAAAAUAGGACGACCGAGGACCUGGAGAGCUUACCCGCGAAGGCGAGUGGCGCGAGAAACCGAAGGCUGCCGGAGCAGCGGCGGCGUCGACAGCAAACUUCGGUGGUGCGGAUUCGCGCCACCGAAAGAGCGGCCUUCAGAGCGGGGCGACGCCUGCCGAGGGUGCUGACCGGAUGACCCACCGGACUGGAGACGGUUUUCACGCCUGAGCCUCAUCUGUUUGCCCCUUGACGUAAAAAUGAUGAUCAAGAGAGAGGACGGGAAGAAGGGGGAGAGGAAGGGUCGGUUCUUCGCCUGCUUCAGGCCGCACGCGGACGCCACGGAUCCACCUGCGCGGAAGGACACAGGUUCGGAGUCCGUCCUGGCGCUGAUUGCCGUGUCGAAGAAGGAGCUCAUCCCGGUGAUCGUCGAGCCGAAAGCCAAGCAGAAUAUGGAGACUCUGUCGCUGAAUUCCGAGUCGUCCAGACGAAAGAAGCCCUGCCGGUUUCUCGGACUCAAGAGGGCGAUUUUUUGCAAUGCAAAGGGAAGGAUUUGUGACGGGAAAGUCCAGCAAGACCCCCGACGGUCUUCGGAAAGUGCGAAGAUCUUCCUCGUUGAGCCAAUUCCGCCUGUAAAACCGCAGGAACAGGAGCGGAAACUAGGUGGCUCGCCCAUCCUGAAAUCCGAUUCAAACUGCCUGUCUCCAUCGUCUUCUUUUUCCCCCUUCUCCACCUCAAGUUCUGUUUUAAGCAGGUCAAAAAAGUCGAACUCCAUCUCGCGCCGGAAGACAGAUUUUGCAACGGUUGCCUCUGGUUCUCGGCACGGGAAGCAGGCAUCCUCUCCUCGAUCCGAAAGCGGGAAAGCUCCAAUUCCGGACGGGGAAAAAGGACCCGAGCCGGCGCUGGGUCCGAUCAUCGGACUAUUCUGCUUUCUAGCAUUCAGCCUCUCGGUGACGGUGAUCUGGGGGCGGAUCUACGCGAUCUUGUUUACGUUGAUCUGGUCGUGCUUCGUUGGCCGAAGGAGGGAGCUCAGCUCGCCUGAAAACAUCAAACGACCGGAGAGUCCGAUCGUUCCGCCGGAGCCAGACUCGAUCGAGUACCGGAAACGCGUCAUCAUGGAAGGUAUUUUGGAGAGGAGCCACCGCCACAGGGCUCCAAAGCGGGGCGGCUGAGUAACUCCAUACACGCAGGAGAUCCUUCUUGGAAUCGGAGCCAUGUCUCGGUGACACGUCUGCUCUGCUGCCUUUGAAGAUGGUGGAGGUAAAUUAAAACGCAUAGCAUCAGAGAGAAGGGACCUGCCCGAUCUCGUUUAUUUCCUGUCGACACGGUACAAACUAAACUACAAAAAGAGAUUAUAACCACCAGCGAAUUGCGGUGUGGUGGUUACUGGUUACUGCAAUGAAGUGGGUUUCCUUUUUCUAUGUAAAUGUAAAUGGAAAGAGAGCUGAGUUAACCUUUAAUUUGUUGUCCACUUGUGGUAGGACGUCAUUCUUGCUUC